AGAAGUUGUUGGGUGCUCUGCCCUUUUCCUGGGGUCUAAAAAAAACCUGGAUAUGUGAGACCUUGGCAGCAGCAGCGGCAGCAGCAACAGCAGUGCAGCGGCUGUCGGGCUGCAGGGGCUGGGGAGUGAGGCACACCAGGGAGGUGCAGGGUCCGAGGUGCAGCACGAAUGGGACGGGUCCCCAGCCCUGGACAGAUGCAGUGUACAACUUGAUGCCAUCCUCCAGCUUCUCUGUGCUCAGGAUCAAAAAACUUGACCUCUUCUUUAGUUGCCCCACUACUACAGUCCUCUAAAGUGUCUAGAGGAAGGAAGGGGAAGGAGUCAUACCUUCUCCUAAACUACCUCUCCUGUGUUCCACAUGGGAGAAAAUGGGGCAUGUAGAAGAAAGCUGACCCUAUAGGGCCCAGAAAGCCCGAAGCUCCAAAGCCUAGAAGAGACAGAACCUGCAACCAGGGAGAAACCCAGACAUGGUGCCUUCGGGAGCCCACCAGUUGGCUCUUGCUCCUACCCUUUUGACAUGUCUUGCCAACUCCAUCAACUGCAUUGAAUAAAAGAAGUUGAAGGGCUCUCACCACUAGAGACCUCCUUCUCCUCUAUCACCUUGCCAGCCUCUGGUAGUCCUCAGAGUCACCACCCUCCUGAUAUUGCCCAGGCCUCUGGUACCCAGAAACCUGCUUUGAAUAGGCAGGGUCUGUACACUGCCUGUGCCAAGAUGUCUGCUGUGCCAGUCAAGGAUUCCCUUCCUCCCCACCCCAUGGCAUCUGGUCCAGUGCUAUCUCUCCUCCCGUAUCUAUGCCUCCCUAGAUUACAGUAGACUAGAAUCAAAACACCAUUAGGGAGGAAUUUAAAAGAAGCCCACAACUGAGGACCAGACAACAGAAAUCAAACUUGGGCACACUUUGGAUCCCUCAUACACCCCAACACCAUCUGCAGGGGAGAAGGGCUGCCCUGGGAGUUCUUGUAAGGGAUUACCAGCUCCCCCAUCAAGUGCCCCCUGCACCCUGUGCCAUGGGUAAUAUGCAGCUGGGCUGCUGUCCACAUAGGCAUUCUAGUCCAGGGCAUAAGCAUUGGGCCAGAUUGAAGGAGGGCAGAGAUUAGGGGCAGAGCUGCAUAUUCCCCAGCAUUGGGUGACUUAGUCAAGGUAAGGACCUCUCUCCAACUUUGGCAAGGAUGUGAUCUCCUUGAACCUUUGGCAAAACUGUGGGUACAAAAUAUGAGAGAACAAGGAUGGGAUACGAGGAACAGAGCAGAGCUUGGAGACAGCAGAUACCAGGAAGAAGAGAACUGAAGCAUCCCUGGAUCUUACAGCUGCUAGGAGACUCAAAGUUACUUCCCUUGCUGCUCCCUUUCCCAUUCUCAUAAAACUCUCCUCACAGAAAUCAAGGUGACUAGGGUUCCCUGAGCUAGUAAGCACAUGACCAGUUAUCCAGGGAAGGGUUGGGGAGGAAAGGAGAAAUUCCCAAAGAGGAGCCCCAGGGAGGUGGUGCACAAGAAGUCUUCCUGGUUCUGGGCCCUACCUGAUGACAGACCACUUUCUCUCCCUUCUAAGGAGACCCAGGGAAGUCGAGGGUCACCAUCAACUGAAGUUGGUUUCCAAAAAGAUACAUGUCAUCAUCUCUUCUGGGACUAAGGGGAUGGAUACAGCCACAGCUUCAAAGCAAGCCUGGCCCCCAUGGCCUCCUUUCCUUUUCCUGCUCCUCCUGCCUGGAGGGGGCAGUGGUAGCUGCCCUGUUGUAUGUGACUGUAUUUCCCAGCCCCAGGCAGUGAUUUGUGCCCACAGGCAACUGGAAGCUGUCCCUGGGGGACUCCCACUGGACACUGAGCUUCUGGACCUGAGUGGGAACCGCCUGUGGGGGCUUCAGCGGGGCAUGCUUUCUCGAUUAGGCCUGCUCCAGGAACUGGACCUCAGCCACAAUCAGCUCUCCAUCCUCGAGCCUGGGGCCUUCCAUGGUCUACAGAGUCUACUCACCCUGAGGCUGCAGGGCAAUCGUCUCCGAAUCUUGGGGCCUGGGGUCUUCUCAGGCCUGUCUUCCCUCACGCUGCUAGACCUCCGCCUAAACCAAAUUGUUCUCUUCCUAGAUGGAGCUUUUGGUGAGCUAGGCAGCCUCCAGCAGCUGGAGGUUGGGGACAACCACCUGGUAUUUGUGGCUCCAAGGGCCUUUGCUGGGCUGGCCAAGCUGGGCACCCUCACCCUGGAGCGCUGCAACCUCAGUACAGUGCCUGGUGUGGCCCUUGCCCGGAUCCCAGCACUAGUGGCCCUUAGGCUUCGAGAACUGGAUAUUGAGAGGCUGCCUGCAGGGGCACUGCAGGGGCUGGGACAGCUAAAGGAGCUGGAGAUCCACCACUGGCCAUCUCUGGAGGCUCUGGACCCAGGGAGCCUGGUUGGGCUCAAUUUGAGCAGCCUGGCCAUCACCCGCUGCAAUCUGAGCUCAGUGCCCUUCCAAGCAUUGCAUCACCUGAGCUUCCUUAGGGUCCUGGAUCUAUCUCAGAACCCCAUCUCUGCCAUACCAGCCCGAAGGCUCAGCCCCCUUGUGCGGCUCCAGGAACUUCGGCUGUCAGGGGCCUGUCUCACCUCCAUCGCUGCCCAUGCUUUCCAUGGUUUGACUGCCUUCCAUUUGCUAGAUGUGGCAGACAAUGCACUUCAGACACUGGAGGAAACAGCUUUCCCUUCUCCAGACAAACUGGUCACACUGAGGCUGUCUGGAAACCCCCUAACUUGUGAUUGCCGCCUCCUCUGGCUUCUUCGGCUCCGCCACCACCUAGACUUUGGCACAUCCCCUCCUGCCUGUGCUGGCCCCCAGCAUGUCCAAGGGAAGAACCUGAGGGAAUUUUCAGACAUCCUGCCUCCAGGGCACUUUACUUGCAAACCAGCCCUGAUCCGAAAGUCAGGGCCUCGGUGGGUCAUUGCAGAGGAGGGGGGGCAUGCCGUUUUCUCCUGCUCUGGAGAUGGAGACCCAGCCCCUACGGUCUCCUGGAUGAGGCCUCAGGGGGCUUGGCUUGGAAGGGCUGGGAGAAUAAGGGUCCUAGAGGAUGGGACACUGGAGAUCCGCUCAGUGCAGCUACGGGACAGAGGGGCCUAUGUCUGUGUGGUCAGCAAUGUAGCUGGGAAUGACUCCCUGAGGACCUGGCUGGAAGUAAUCCAAGUUGAACCACCAAAUGGCACCUUCUCUGAUCCCAAUAUUACCAUGCCAGGGAUCCCAAGGCCUUUCUUUCUGGACAGCAGGGGUGUGGCUAUGGUGCUGGCGGUGGGCUUCCUCCCCUUCCUCACCUCAGUGACCCUCUGCUUUGCCCUGAUUGCCCUCUGGAGCAAGGGCAAGGGCCGGGUCAAGCACCACAUGACUUUUGACUUUGUGGCACCUCGGCCCUCUGGGGAUAAGAACUCUGGAGGUAACCGGGUCACUGCCAAGCUAUUCUGACCUUUUCUUCCAUACCGGAGACCCAACCAAGUUCACUUCAGAUACCAAAGGGAAAGUUAGAGCCAAGGUCACUGGGACCACAACCUCAUCCCAGGCACAGAUGUCCCACACCUGCUGCCUGCAUCAUGAGCAGCUAGUGGCGGCUCCUGUUAGAGGGGCUGCUACCCCAUGCUCUUCCAGCCUAAAGAUAAUAGUCAUCUCUUCUCUGAGGGCCCCAUGGAGCUGUAGAUACAGCUCCUGUCAUCAGCCCAGCUCUUCCUUCACCCUCCCCUCCUUAACACAAAGCAGGAAACAACCAAGGCUUCAGCCUGCUGUUCUAACCACUGGGCUUUCUUCACACACUUGUACUUCUAAUAACCAAUACCAGCUGCCAAACAUAGCCAUAAGAAUUAUUUCAGAAGUGGGGCUGGAAAGUGCUACUUGCUUCUUGGAGCAGUCUUCCUUUUUUUUCUGCUUCACAUUCCCACCCCAGCCCCAGCCGCUAGGUGCAAGGACGCUCAAGCUAAGGAGAAAAGAAUGCAUGCACGUGGGGCUGGGGUAGGACAGACUGUACACUGGCACAGUGUCUGCAUGAGCCUCACCACCUUCCUGUCUGUCUGAUCAUUAAACCUGCUGCCAGAAAGCCACUACAGUUGCAGUCAAAAUGAAACACGAUCUCUGGAACUUUCUUUACUUCAGUCUAUUUCCUCCCCUUUCUACUUUCCCAUUGAUCAUAUUCCCAAUGGCCUUAACCUCCACCUAACCUAGCCUGACAUACAUGAUAAGAGAGGCCCACCACACCCGGAGAUACCAGCACUCCCAUUCCCUUUCAGUCUCAACCCUUUCUUAUUAUUCUCCAUCUCUGGAGCUGAAGGAGAGAUUUCCCCACCUUCCAGGGGAUCCCUAUGCAGAAAUUCCAGCCUAGGACACCCAGUAUAUUCCUUUCUUUCACAUUUCUAGCCAUUCCUGUGUCCUCAGUGCCCUUGGGAGAAAGCCAUAAAAAGGGAACUCCUAGAAAAUGACUAAGCUGCAGCUCAGUCAAUGCUGUCAAAGGAGAGUGACCCAGAAUGCUGCAGGGGUUAUACUUGACAGAACAAGAGAGGGCAACCCUGCGAGCCACAGUGAAAAGUGGAGGGAACUGCCUGGCUGGUUGCUUUGCCUGGUUACUUCUGCAGUUCCACAGGAUCUGUGUUCAGCACAGCCCCAGUGGGAAGCUGUCUCUAGACAGAUGUCAUCCAGAUGGGGAAGUGGGGUAAGAGGUGGAACUGCUGACUACAACAGAGUGUGCUUCAAACCAAGGACAAAGCAGAGCCCCAAAAUGCAAGAGAUGCUGGGAGCUCAAGAGACCAGACAACAGCAUCAGCAUCAUCAGAAGGGGAGGGGCAAAAGGGAGCAUGGAGGAGCAGGAGGAGGGACUGAUGAGCAGAGAAUCAUGUGACCCAAGGAGCCUUUCUCUCUGCAGCAGCAUCUGCCCAGUGUCCUUAGUUUCUCUCCUUCCUGUAGAGUCCCUGCCCACCUCACCAU